AUGUUAUCGGUCUGUCAUGAUUCAUGUUGUGUAAGACGUGUGUACAAUACGUAUCUUGGGCUAAUGGGAAGUUGGGAAAUGGUUCAGGCGGUCAGCUUUGUAGGAACUGUUCAUGAAAUGGUGUUCAAUGAGGUCUACGCAGAGUUGUCUAAUGCGAUUGUCGACAAUCAGUUCCAAAGGAGGUUAAAAGGAGUUGCAAUCAUGGGGAGAGGGAGCCAAUCGGAGUUCGAUGUCGGAGCAGAGUUGGCGGAUCCGCAGAAUAAAUCAGAACAGAGAGAAUACCAUAGGUCGGCCAUCCGAGAUUUUACAUAUGCGCAAUAUUUGGUCAUAUUUAUUUAA